AUGGCCGGCUCACCCAACUCCAACCUCCGAGGCUUCAACCACGCCGUCCAAACCCUCCUCAAACAACCCUCCCAAUUCCUCCCACACCUCACCAUCCCGACAUUCACUCACCUUCCCGAGAAUCUAGGACCACACCUAGUCAACUCUACAAACCAAAUAUCCGCCGAAAAGCCACCCCGCACCCCAACAAUCCGCGCCCUAGUCCUAGACAAAGACAACACCCUCUGCCCCCCCAAAACAACAACCUUCCCCCCUCAAAUCCUCAAUAAACUAAAAGCCCUCCGCGAAUCCCCAACCUCUCCUUUCCGCAAAACCACAAACCCAAACGCCAUCCUAAUAGUCUCCAACCGGGCCGGUAGCCACCCGUCCUUCGACCACGAAGUACGCGCCCUGGAAUCCCAACUCUCCCACCUCUCCAUCCCAGUCUUCCGACUACCCGCAGGCGCAGAAAAAAAGCCCUUUUGUGGAGAGGAAGUGGUGCAGUGGUUCCGGGAUCGUGGGGUGAUUCAGUCGCCGAAUGAGAUUGCCGUUGUUGGGGAUCGAUUGGGGACGGAUGUUAUUAUGGCCGGGAUGAUGGGAUCUUGGAGUGUUUGGUGUAAGGAGGGGGUUUUUGAGGUUGGGGAGGAAGGGAAGCCCGAGAGGAAUAUCUUGGAGAAGAUGGAGGUCUGGAUUGAGAGGUUUUUGAGGGAGAAGAAGGGGUGUGUGGCGCCGAUGCCGAAAGGGUGGGAGGAGUGA